CAGGUUCAGGAAUAUUUAUUCAAAUUUGACAUUACUUGUGAAAAAGACGUAAAGUAUUGAAAAUACGAUCAUUUUCCGUCGGAUCCAAAUUAUAGGGGAUACUGCAUAAUUAGGGAGAUCCCCUUCUCUUUGCUGCUAUCAUGCAGCGGCCGGCAGACUGUCCAGAACGCCCGAUCUGGUUUAAUAGAACGUGAUGGAUACGUACGUGUCGAUGACAAACAUAAAACGCUGCAGUCUUGUGUGACGACAGAAGAGCAUACUGAUAGACCCUGAUAUAUGCAGUAUGGCACAAGAGCCCAUGCUUUUACAACAAAAAAAUAUUCAAGAAUACAGUCUGUCUGCAGGAAAGUUCUCGUCAGUGGCGGGUUAUGAGGAGAGAAUGGACAGUCAAGAGACUAGUGCCAGCAGCAGUCUUGAAGGCGCUGUAAUGUCUGCCAGCUUAGCUCUGUUUGAUGAAAAAGAUAUAGCAGCCGGCAUGUUUGAAAGCAGUCUUGGCUUCAAAGAUUUGGAAACUGAUGGCACAAGCACCAACAUUGAUAGUGGUGUUGACAGCAAUGUUCCUGCCGUCAGUCAGCAGCAGCCACCCCUACUACAGCCACUGAGUGCAGCUCAAGACACGGCAGUUGUAGGCGUUAGUGAUGUCCCCAGAUGGUUUCCCGAACCUCCUGGAGGGCCUGAUUUGAUCUGGGAUGCUAGGCGGCAGGGGUAUCAGAGCCACAUUGUAUCUGCUGGAAGAUGCUGCAGUUUUCAGCAGCAGGUGGCAAAUCUCUACAAGCUUGGUGAAAUUCCAAGGUUUAAAGAGAUCAAGUAUGGCACCAAGAAAGAUGUUUAUGAUUUUCUUGGCAAAAUCGAAACAGCAGAGAAUGAUUCUGGGGUCUUUCUGUCAGAGACUGAAGGUAUGUUUGGAAGCUCCAGUUUCAAGCGUGGUGAUGACUACAUUUGUUUACGAAGGUUCCAAGAUGAUAAACUUGUGGACCUGUGCAUGGAUAACAUUACUCAGACCAAAUUCAUCACCAAGCAAGUUCCCCUGGUGGCUACAGAACUACCAUUUGGGAAGAAGGUGUUGAAGCUGACUCGAGAGCAGCAAGUGUCCCUUGUUGUUGAUCACCAGGACCACUGCCCUGGACUUGGCAAGAUCUUUGGUAUUGUCAAGCGCAAGAUGGGUACCAAAUACUUUGGAGAAAUCUUCAUGGAAUUUUAUCCCGGGGGUACCCUUGAUCCAUCAUCUCUGUUCCGUUCUUUGGAUAUUAGAGCGAAAUGGAGACUUGCUGAAAACAUUUUGAUUAAUGUUGGAUAUCUUCACUCGAAAGACAUUGUCCAUGGGGAUAUUAAAUAUGAAAAUAUCGUUCAAAACGGAUAUGGUUAUCCUAUCUUAAUUGACAUGGAGUCGGCCUAUCACCCUACCUACAACAUGUACAAGACAGGGAUGCGUGCGACAUACACAUUCCUGCCUCCAUGGUUCAGAAAGUGCCACAAAAGCCAAGACUUUGAUUUGCUGAAAUCUCUCGACCUGUGGGCAGUGGGGGUCGUGCUGCUGCACAUCGUAUUUGGACGUGUCUUGCUGGGGAAUGAGCGAGCGAAUCUUCGGCGCUGUGAUACAUGUAAUAUGCAAGGGGGACCUUGCCUGCAUGUAAUGUCCAAAUAUCUGAAAUUGCUGCAGCAGAGACCCAACAUUGUGAGGAAUUACCUGCCCAGCAUCUCCCGGAGUGAUGACCCCGACCUGAGGCGUCUGGCCUGCCUGAUUCAUGGGCUGCUUGCUCCCGCGGGCCACAAUGCCCAGCUGACUGCAGAACAGGCUGUAGAUGCCCUUCGUGAUGACUAUGUGAUUGCAGUCAUCAAGAAAUCCGGGGAUCAGAGAGUACCCCCAGCUGUAGUUCCCCGGGGCACAUGCAUGAAGGACUUCAUGAAUACUCCAACGGUGGAACAGCUGAAAAGUCAGCACCCAGACCUACGGGAAGGAAUGUAUUUUACCUGGGACCAACCCUAUGAUGGAAGGGAGAUGGACAAGAUCAUGAAUAAACAUGACAGACUAACGGAGUGUUGUGAACUCCGUAUCCAUGCUCCCAUCGACUCCCAUGUUCGACCCCCCAUCUACAAGCCACCGGAUACCACUGAGCUGUAAUCAUCGUCUGAGGAGUGACAUGCAGAACCAGGGACUAAACUUAAUGACCAAUGCGACAUUUAAUCACAAUAGUUACGUGAUGUUUCCCCAGACCCGUGAAGAUUCGGGGUAGAAUAGGUCUUCAGCAACCCAUACUUUGCUUGUCGUAAGAGGCGACUAAAUGAAUCGGGUGGUCAGGCUCGCUGACUUGGUUGAUGCAUGUCAUCG